UCUCUCUGUCUCUCUCUCUCUCUCUCUCUCUCUCUCUCUCUCUCUCUCUCUCUCUCUCUCUCACUCACUCACUGUGCAGCGCUCUGGUGGGUCGGUGAAGCCGCUUUUUGGCUUCGGAGCUCCAAGCGAGAGAGAAGCCAGCGCUGAGCAGCCACUGAGGAGAGAGCACGUAAAGGACAUAAAGGAGGAGAAAGAGAAAGACUGACGCAGAUAAAGAGGAGAGGAUAACUUGACGCAGAAGAAGACUGAAAGGGAGACUGUAGUGAUGGCUGAGGCACCUCAGCAGCCGCAGCAGCAGCAGGAGGAGGUGGAGCAGGUGGAGCAGGUGGAGCAGGUGAGCACUGUGGAGGCGACAGAGACUGAUCAGGGGUCUGAAGAACCGAAGGAGAGUGUCCAGACGACCACGACCCGACCUCUGCUGUCCAUGAGGUCCAUGAGCAGCGUGGACCCAGAUGACGAUUCCCCCAACAUGAUCGUCUACAGAAAGAUUGAAGACAUCGUCACUCAAAUCCAGGAUGAGACAGAGGGUGUGCCCAUCAGAACUGUCAAAAGUUUCAUGACCAAAAUCCCCAGUGUUGUUACAGGUACAGAUAUUGUACAGUGGCUGAUGAAGAACCUGUCUAUCGAGGAUCCAGCUGAGGCCAUGCACAUCGGAAGUCUCAUCGCAGCUCAGGGAUACUUCUUCCCUAUCUCAGACCACGUCCUCUCCCUCAAAGACGACGGCACUUUUUACCGCUUUCAGGCGCCAUAUUUCUGGCCAUCCAACUGUUGGGAGCCUGAGAACACAGACUACGCUAUCUACCUGUGCAAGCGAACCAUGCAGAAUAAGACCAGGCUGGAGCUGGCAGAUUAUGAGGCGGAAAACCUAGCCAGGCUGCAGAGAGCCUUUGCCAGGAAGUGGGAGUUUAUCUACAUGCAGGCUGAGGCCCAGGUCAAGAUCGACAGGAAAAAGGAUAAAACCGAGAGGAAGAUCCUUGACAGUCAGGAGAGAGCCUUCUGGGACGUCCAUAGACCUGUGCCUGGAUGUGUUAACACAACAGAAAUGGACAUCAGGAAAUGUAGACGUAUGAAGAACCCUCAUAGAGUUAAAAAGUCAGUGUAUGGUUUGGUGGAGGAGGGAACACAGUCUCAGUCUCCCAUACACACUCCUGCGCACCACUGCAGGAAAGGCACCAAGGAGGAUGUGGAGAAAGAGAUCAUAUUCCUGAACACCCAGGUAGACCGUCACCGUAUGAAGAUGUCCAAAGUUGCUGAAAGCCUGAUAAGCUACACCGAGCAGUACAUUGAGUAUGACCCCUUUGUGACGGGUCCCGAACCGUCCAACCCAUGGACCAGUGAUGAUCCCUCCCUCUGGGAUCUGGAGGCCAGUAAGGAGCCCAGUCAGCAGCGGGUGAAGAAGUGGGGUUUCUCUCUUGAAGAAGCCCUGAAGGACCCGGCAGGACAGGAGCUCUUCCUCAAAUUCCUGGAGUCAGAGUUUAGCUCAGAAAACCUGCGAUUCUGGUUGGCAGUGCAGGACCUGAAGAGGAUGCCCCAGCAGGACGUGGCACAAAGGGCACAGGACAUUUGGGCAGAGUUCCUGGCUGAGGGGGCACCCAGCUCCAUCAACCUGGACUCCCACAGCUAUGAACGCACAAGCCAGAACCUGAAAGACCCCGGACGAUACAGCUAUGAGGAUGCACAGGACCACAUCUACAAACUGAUGAAAAGUGACAGCUAUACACGCUUCCUGCGCUCCAAUGUCUACCAGGACCUGCUGAUGGCAAGGAAGAAGCCCGAAACAGAGCAGGGACGACGUACCUCCCUGGAGAAGUUCACUCGCAGCGUGGGCAAGUCACUGACGGGCAAACGUCUGACGGGCCUCAUGCAGUCGUCCUGACAAGGCCUGGAUCAAGAGUAGGAGGAACCAUACCCAGAAGAGCUGCUUUCCCCCGGGGAGCAGGUGGAAAAGGACCCUGGGGUGUUUGGGUGUGGCUGUGGGAGGCGUGUGAGAGCCCCAAACAAGCCUAGACUGCUGGACUGGAACGCCACCACGUUUUGAAAAUCACCUCAGAUCUAUUCAAGGGGCCGACAUCAUGCAAUAAGUCACCAGACCUGACACCAGGACAGUGCUGUCACAGUGUAGAGGAUAAACAAUGCUACUACUCUUCUUAGGAGGUUUCUACUCAAAAGCCCGCACCAGUGCUAGGCUUUGUGUUUCUCUCUUGUUGUUUUUCUCUACUAUCUACACUCAUGUUAAUAUGGUAGCUGAAGAGGCUAUCGCUUUACUUUCAGUGAUAUAAACAUGGAAUGCUUGAAUGCCUUCAAAAUGAGACUUAGAUUAAUGCUGUAGCUAGCUGUUUUAUCUCGCAUCAUUCACUAGGAUGAUAUAAGGGAAAGGGGGAUGAUAAGAGGGUUCACAGUAAACAUCUGCACUCUUGAGCUGAACGUCUGCUCAAUCUUCACGUGUGUGGCAGUCAGACUUCCUGCUUUAAUGGUGGAUCGGGUGGAGUAGUACACCAACUUUUUAGUAAAAGAGCUUUUUGAUCAAUCUGUUAAUGUGGGGUGGCACAAGAUUAACAACCUUUGUGUGGUUUUAGUUGGUCACAAUGUGUGUUUACAUUUCAUAUAAUUAUCAUAUAAACUAAUGUCUGUUUUUAUGGUCAUCACAGACUGAUUGACAACCUGUUAACACCUUGACCUGUGCUGGUAGGUUGUUCCUGGAAAACAGGUGAACAGGAAAUUAAUAUUUUUUUACAUUUCUGGCAGCAAUAGCUGUUUUUUAGAGAGCUUUUUCUUCAAUGGCUGAAAAGAGAGCGCGCCAUCCUCACAAGCUGCACUAAUCAAGAGAGAAUCCAAGUGUCACUGUACUGGCAUAAAAUAAGUUCUCCACCUACUUCUUAAAUCAAUUUUAAAAAUCUGAAUUGAUGUUUCACCACUGCCACUGUUAUUGUCUGUUUUUAGCAAGAAUUUCUCAAAGCCUCGUAACAACCGCACCAAACAGGCAGAGGUGUGAUCUUGUUGUCAUAAAAAAGGUAAGGUUGAUCAUUUUACAAAAACAGGUGUAUGACUUUAAAAUGAGUGAGUUGGUACAAUGUUAGGCUUUAUUAUAUUCUUCUGAACAUUCCACUUCAGGCGGCCACAAUAAGGUUUGGUGGGCCGACCUCUUAACCAUUCUUCACCUUAUGUAAAGAGGACCACGAUAAUAAAAGAGGAAUGCACAUUAAAAAGAGGGAUUUUGCCCAUUA